AUGAUGAGAGGAAAAGAGAAUACAAUAGGGGCGUCCGCGGGCGAAGGGAGCAACAGUGAGGCGAUGUGGCCGGCUGGUGGCGGGGGCGGCGGGGGUCGCGGGGGUGGCGGGGCCGCGGGGAGGGGAGGAGGUGAGCCCGCGUCCUCCCGCGCCGCCACCGCAUCGCCAGUCCGUGUCGAAGAGUUGCUUGAGACGCUCGUCUGCGAGUCAGCUCCCUCAGAUACGCUGCUGGUUUACGGCGUGCCGUAA